AUUUAAAUAUUUCGAAGCCUCAUUUUACACUCUCUGCUCUGUACCCACUGUUUAGCGUUGCCUCCCAAUCGAAUAUCUAUCAGUCAAUCAGUAGGGUUCGCUUCGCUUUAUCUGAAAUCAAACGCACAAGCUUCUUGUAAGCUUUCCAAUUAAUCAUGUCGUUGAGACCCAGCGCGAGAACUGAGGUUCGCCGGAACCGCUACAAGUUCGCUGUUGACGCCGAUGAAGGUCGGCGGAGGAGAGAGGACAACAUGGUGGAGAUCCGAAAGAGCAAGCGCGAAGAGAGCUUGCAGAAGAAGCGCCGCGAAGGUCUACAGGCUCAGCAGUUACAUCCCACUGUCUUUUCUUCUACUAUGGAAAAGAAGUUAGAAAGUUUGCCUUCAAUGGUCGCUGGCGUUUGGUCCGAUGAUGGCAGCUUGCAGCUGGAUGCCACCGCACAGUUUCGGAAACUGCUUUCAAUUGAACGAAGUCCUCCAAUUGAGGAAGUUAUACAAUCUGGGGUUGUUCCUCGAUUUGUUGAGUUUCUUGUGAGGGAGGAUUUUCCUCAACUUCAGUUUGAGGCUGCUUGGGCCCUCACAAACAUUGCCUCUGGGACCUCAGAGAACACUAGGGUGGUAAUUGAUCAUGGUGCAGUUCCAAUAUUUGUAAAGCUUCUUGCUUCUCCCAGUGAUGAUGUGCGAGAGCAGGCUGUGUGGGCAUUGGGAAAUAUAGCUGGUGACUCCCCAAAAUGUCGCGAUCUUGUUCUCAGCCGUGGAGCACUGCUUCCACUGUUGGCUCAGCUGAAUGAGCAUGCAAAGCUCUCAAUGCUGAGGAAUGCCACGUGGACACUAUCAAACUUCUGCAGGGGCAAGCCACAGCCUCCAUUUGAACAGGUGAGGCCUGCGCUUCCAGCACUUGAACGUCUUGUACAUUCAACUGAUGAAGAAGUUUUAACUGAUGCCUGUUGGGCACUUUCUUAUCUUUCUGAUGGUACAAAUGACAAAAUCCAAGCUGUGAUUGAGACAGGGGUCUGUCCUCGACUUGUUGAGCUCCUUCUCCAUCCAUCUCCUUCAGUUCUUGUUCCUGCCCUUCGCACAGCUGGAAAUAUUGUGACUGGGGACGACAUUCAGACUCAGUGUAUAAUAAACAAUGCUGCACUGCCAUGUCUUCUAAGCCUAUUGACUCAUAAUCAUAAAAAGAGCAUUAAGAAAGAAGCUUGCUGGACCAUCUCAAAUAUUACAGCUGGAAACAGCGAACAAAUUCAGGCUGUAAUUGAGGCUGGUUUAAUCGGCCCUCUGGUUAAUUUGCUUCAAAAUGCUGAGUUUGAUAUAAAGAAAGAAGCUGCAUGGGCAAUUUCAAAUGCUACUUCUGGUGGUACUCAUGACCAAAUCAAGUACUUGGUGGGUCAAGGGUGCAUAAAACCACUGUGUGAUCUCCUUGUCUGUCCUGAUCCAAGGAUUGUCACCGUAUGUCUUGAAGGGUUAGAGAACAUUCUGAAGGUUGGGGAAGCUGAAAAGAAUUUGGGGAGCAGUGGAGAUUAUAAUUUGUAUUCCCAGAUGAUAGAUGAUGCUGAGGGAUUAGAAAAGAUUGAAAAUCUUCAGAGUCAUGACAAUAAUGAGAUUUAUGAGAAGGCAGUGAAGGUUCUCGAGACAUAUUGGUUAGAGGAGGAUGAUGAGACCUUACCUUCAGGUGAUGGUACCCAGCAAGGAUUUCAGUUUGGUGGAAAUGAUCCCUCUGUUCCAUCUGGUGGUUUCAACUUUGGCUGAAGGGAUCUAUAAAUUGGCACGGGCAAAUCACAGUGUAGGUGGAAAAUAUGUUGGGUAAAGUUCAGUCUGAGUCUCCAUCACAGCACCUUGUAUUUGUUUACAGUUUGGUCCUAUAUUCAUUGUCGUUAAAGUGGUGCUAGACAGCUCAAUUAUACUAUGUCCAUGGUCUCACACCCUAGACAGAAAAUACCAUAUGAUGAUGUGCUAUGAAAGCUGUUCAGAAAGAUCUAUUGCUUGCAUGAGCAUGGCGUCCUCUCAUGAGUCACUGAAUGGGUGUGCUGCGGUUCUGGUGUAGGUAUAGUUGUAUGCAGAAUUAGUCCUUAUUUUCGUAUUAUUGGUUGUGCUAGUAGUUUAUACACUAGCGGUAUUCAUUUUAUCUUUGAUUGCGUGAAUAUAUUACUUGUAAACCUCAUUUUCUCGAUUUAUUCAAGUGAAAGAAAUUGAAUUAAUAGUAAUUUUUUC